UCUGUAGCGACGUCCCAUCCGUCAACACGUGUGAACACUACAGCAGUGGCAUCUCCAAUACAAGUUUGAUUAUCGCUAAUGAAGUUUUGAAAUACGUGUUUCAAACAGACAAACCGUGAGUGGACUGUUUCGCCGAACAGUUCAACGCAAGAGGGUUCGCUGCUUUUGCAGGGACUGCCAAGACAAUCUAAGCUAUAGUAACGUUAGCUAGGUAGGUUCCCUCGUUUCCAUGCUCCACAGUGGCAGCAUGCUGUCUCAUUUAGACCUAAUCGGAACCAUCCAGGAUGACGAGGAUGUGCCAGAAGAUCCUGAUUCAGAAUCUGACAACGAAGAUGAGCAACCUAUAGUCCUGAACAAGAAGAGAAAGGCUGCACAGAAGGGCAGAGGUGCUGGAGACUUCAGUACCGACUUUGAGUUUGGAGAGAGAGAUGGACUCUACAGUGAGGACUGGGCAAUGGCUGAUGUUAUGGCUCAGCUGAAAAAGAGGAAAGCCCCCACCACAUUGGACGAGAAGAUUGAGAAGGUUCGGAAGAAACGUAAAACCGAGGAAAAGGCUUUGACAGUCACUCGGACCGCAGAGGAUAAGGUUGCUGAUGAAAAGGAGAUGGAGGAUGAUGAAGACGAGGGGGAGGAAGAGGAAGAGGGGGAAGAAGGUGAUGAUGUGAAACCAGUCGUUGGAGAUGGGAGUGAGGAUUCCAAUGAGGAUGAUGAUGAUGAUGGGGAGGAGUUCACCUCAGGAGACGAGGAGGUUCUUACCAAAGCAGAUACCUUAAGGGAGAAAGCAAAACGAGGCAAGAAGAAGAAGACAGGAGAGGAACCUCCUCAAGAGUUCUUUGAAGAUGCCUCCAGCUACGAUGACAAGCUGAUGUUUCAGGACAUGAACCUCUCCAGGCCCAUUUUAAAGGCCAUCACAGCCAUGGGGUUCAAGCAGCCCACACCCAUCCAGAAAGCCUGUGUACCUGUAGGUCUAAUGGGCAAGGACAUCUGUGCCUGCGCUGCAACCGGAACUGGAAAGACGGCUGCGUUCAUGCUGCCCGUGCUGGAAAGACUGGUCUAUAAACCCAGACAGAACCAGGUGACCAGGGUGCUGGUCCUGUUGCCCACCAGGGAGUUGGGCAUCCAGGUUCACGCGGUGGCCCGCCAGCUGGCACAGUUCACCAGCGUCACCACCUGCUUGGCCGUAGGCGGCCUGGAUCUCAAAUCCCAGGAAGCAGCCUUGCGAGCUGGGCCUGACGUCCUCAUCGCCACGCCUGGCCGACUGAUCGACCAUCUGCACAACACACCAUCCUUCGAACUCAGCCAGAUAGAGAUCCUCAUCCUGGAUGAGGCCGACAGGAUGCUGGAUGAGUACUUUGAGGAGCAAAUGAAAGAGAUCAUCCGUAUGUGUGCCUACCAGAGACAGACCAUGCUGUUCUCUGCCACCAUGAGCGAGGAGGUGAAGGACCUGGCGUCCGUGUCUCUGAAGCAGCCCGUCAGGAUCUUUGUGAACAGCAACACAGACGUGGCUCCGUACCUGCGCCAGGAGUUUGUCCGAAUUCGUCCGGCCAGGGAGGGCGACAGGGAGGCCGUCGUUGCUGCUCUCCUUACGCGGACAUUCCAGGAUCAUGUGAUGGUGUUCACCCAGACUAAGAAGCAGGCCCACCGUAUGCACAUUCUGCUGGGCCUGAUGGGGCUGAAGGUGGGAGAGCUGCAUGGAAACCUGUCCCAGACCCAGAGACUGGAGAGUCUCAGGCGGUUUAAGGAUGAGCAGAUUGAUAUCCUGGUAGCCACCGAUGUAGCAGCCAGAGGACUGGAUAUUGACGGAGUCAAGACGGUCAUCAACUUCACCAUGCCCAACACUGUGAAGCACUACGUCCACAGGGUGGGCCGCACGGCCCGCGCCGGCAAGGUCGGCCGCUCCGUCUCCCUGGUGGGAGAGACGGAGAGGAGAAUGCUGAAAGACAUCGUCAAGAAGGCCAAGACCCCCGUCAAGGCCCGCGUCCUGCCUCAAGAUGUCAUUCUGAAGUUCCGAGACUUGAUCGAGAAGCUGGAGAAGGACGUGUAUGCCGUGAUGAGGCUGGAGAGGGAAGAGAGGGAGAUGUCCGCCUCCGAGGCCCAGAUCAGCGUGGCCCAGAAGCGACUGGCCCAGAACGCCGAGGAGCGGGACCCCCAAAGGACGUGGUUCCAAACACACGAGGAGCGCAAGAAAGAGCGCAUGACCAAGGCGCUCCAGGACUUUGACCUCGCCCUAAGGGGAAAGAAGAAGAGGGAAAAGUUCAUCAAGGAGGGCAAAAAGAAAGAGCUAUCCGCAGAGGACCGGGCCCAGUUUGAGAUGCUCAAGUCUCAGAUGUACGCGGAGCGAGCGGCCAAGAGAGACCGCAAGCCCAAACGUGCUCGAGCCAUGCCCGAAGACGAGCCAGUACAGAAAGCGAUGAACCAGAAAGGCAAUAAACCGUCCAAGAAGUCAGUGUUCGACAAGGAGCUCACCAACACCAGCAAGAAAGCCCUAAAGCAGUACAGAGCAGGACCUUCCUUUGAGGAUAAGAAGAGGCUGGGGAUUCCAACCAACAAAAAGGGAGGCCGCUUCAAGUCUCAAGCCAAGUUCAGGAGAAAGUAGACACUGUGGCAAUCGACUGAGGAUCUGUGGGUUCAUCAUCAGUACACAAGAUGAAUUAUUAACACAAUUAUUUUUGCUAGAUUGUCUGACAUGAUGGAGAAGACAUACAAAUGAGAGAGCUGUAUGAGGAUGUGAUAUGUUGUUGACACACCCAACCCAAACCUGUCUUACUUUGUAUCUGGCUGAGGUAACUACCUUGUGGUUUAAGGCCUCAUGACAUGUUAUCUGACACCAUACACAUUAAUUGCUUGUAAAGUUAUCUUUUUAAGAAGAUUGAAUACUUUAGGAAUCAAUAUUCAGUGGCCUGGAUUAGCCGAGCAUAUUGUUGUAUAACUGAUCUAUUCAGAGGUAUAAGGUGUAAUAAUGUACUCAAUAAAGAUCCAGAAACUAAA